UUUCUCCUUCAUAAAAAAGUCCAAAGUCCAAACACAAAUCUUCCUCUACUUAUACCCUUCUUCCUCUACGUUUCUUCCCACAAACAACCCUUCAUCGAUCUCAUCUUCGUCUUUCUCUAUCAACGAGAAUGGCUUCCUCUGUAACCCCCACCCCCUUGUUGAAAGAUGAACUCGAUAUUGUUAUACCCACAAUCAGAAACCUCGAUUUCCUCGAGAUGUGGAGGCCAUUCUUCCAACCCUACCAUUUGAUUAUCGUACAAGAUGGUGAUCCUUCAAAAGUCAUCAAAGUACCUGAAGGUUUCGAUUAUGAACUCUACAAUCGUAAUGACAUCAACAGAAUUCUGGGACCUAAGGCUUCUUGCAUAUCCUUCAAAGAUUCUGCUUGUCGUUGCUUUGGUUAUAUGGUCUCCAAGAAGAAGUAUAUCUUCACCAUUGACGAUGAUUGCUUUGUUGCUAAAGAUCCAUCCGGAAAUGACAUCAAUGCCCUUGAACAACACAUCAAGAACCUAUUAUCUCCAUCAACUCCAUUUUUCUUCAACACCCUCUACGAUCCAUACAGGGAAGGUGCCGAUUUCGUCCGUGGAUAUCCAUUUAGUCUUCGCGAGGGGGUCUCAACCGCCGUUUCUCACGGCCUCUGGCUCAACAUACCGGAUUAUGAUGCCCCCACUCAACUCGUCAAGCCUCGUGAAAGGAACACUAGAUUUGUGGACGCGGUUAUGACCAUACCAAAGGGAACCCUCUUCCCGAUGUGCGGAAUGAAUCUUGCUUUUGACCGUGAGCUGAUCGGUCCGGCAAUGUACUUCGGUCUCAUGGGUGACGGUCAGCCAAUCGGGCGCUACGACGACAUGUGGGCUGGUUGGUGCAUCAAGGUGAUCUGCGACCACCUAGGGUUAGGUGUGAAGACAGGGUUACCAUACAUAUGGCACAGUAAGGCUAGCAACCCGUUUGUGAACUUGAAGAAGGAAUACAAAGGAAUCUACUGGCAAGAGGAGUUGAUCCCAUUUUUCCAAGCUGCCACCCUGCCAAAAGAAUGCACAACAGUUCAGAGUUGCUACAAGGAGCUUUCAAAACAGGUGAAGGCUAAACUCGGGAAGAUUGAUGACUAUUUCAACAAGUUAGCUGAUGCCAUGCUCACAUGGAUUGAAGCAUGGGAUGAGCUCAACCCUUCUACUUCUCAGAAGCUUUCUAAUGGGAAAUAGACCAAUUUCAAGUUUAGUUUAAGUGUUUAACUACUAUUGAUUUUUCACUUAUACAAGAUAUUAUUAUGAGUUUUUUUUUUCUUUUUUCUUUUUUGCGGUAUGGAUUAUUAUUGAUUAUGGAGGAUGUUAGGUUUGUUUCCCUCUUUUAUAACAUAGUGUUUUUUAUUGUUA